UCGUAAAAGAGUCGAAGUCCGAGUUGGCAGGGCAUCUGAAAGUCCUCUUAACUCGAACAGAUCUUUCACAUCUCUCAUCUGCCAGACACUUAGAGUCGUCGAGGCGUGGUUCUUCCACUUCUGUUGCUUUAGCUGGUGGAUGAGUUCAUCAUGUGUAGUUGUACGCUCAAGAAGUAUCGCUCUUUGGCGGCGUGAUGCUCCAACAUCGCUUGCAAGACUACGAAGAAACGAUCUUUUACACCCUGCACCAAGACAAACUACGAGUCUGUGCUAUCAUUGCUAUAGAAACACAGCUCGCAGCUUUUCAACAACAUUCAAGCGACAAGAAAAGUCGGCCUUGUGUCUAGAAACGAAGCACAUCUUCAGUCGUGUACCCCAACCAAUAGCUAUUGUCACUGCAGCGCUUCCAUCUGCUACAACGAGCACAGGAGGAGUUCAUGAGUCAGCAAGAGCAAUCACGUUAUCUUCCCUCACAUGCUUAUCGCUCGAACCGGAGCCACUUGUUACAUUCAAUGUCAAGUUGCCAAGCAGAGCGCUCGACGUAAUACGGGCAGCUGGCAAACUUGUGGUCAAUCUUCUGCUGACCUAUUCAACGGAGCAUGUCGAAUUGGCUCGAAAGUUCGCCAAGCCCAUGCCAACAUCUUUCGGCUCAUUAUCCUCUGAGGACGCAAGCAAGGUUAUCUUUGACCCUGCUUUCUGGCAUGUGCAGGAUGAACAAAAAGGCGUGCCACAGUUACGACAUGCAGGCGCUGCAAAGUUAUACUGCACAGUCCAACAAGUCAUGACCGUUGCAGAUCAUGCAAUUGUCGUAGCGCGAGUCGAUGUGACCAGAGAUCUGACAGAAGAAGGUCUGCCAGCGCUGGUCUACAAAGGUCACCAAUUCAUGUGCACCAAGGAAACAUCAAGCCACUAGAAGUUCAGCGUCUUUUGCUGUAGAUAGAUCAGCGAAGCUAAUUAAGAACUCCAGCAGGAACAGUGCCUGUAUACGUCUGCAAAAGAUCCGCCUGCUGCUGCAUCUCAUGCAACGACUUGAGCAAAUCAGCUUCAGCCUGCAGCCGCAUGUCUCGCACCUGCUCUCGCUCCAUGCGUCGAUCUUGGUACUCCUUCAACAAGAGGUCCUCGUGCUCUGUUGCAAGUCUGUCAAGAUCUUGUUGAAUCUUGGUUCGCCGAAGAGAGAGCUUAUCGGCCUUGGCACGCGUUUUGGCUGCAUCCUGCUCAGCCGUUGCAAAACGACGCUCGUGUGCAGCUUUCGUCUCCUCAAAGGCAUGCUUGGCAGCCUGCAACAAAGCAGCUUCAUGCAUUGCCUUGUCGUGCUCGGAUUGCCAUCGACGCGCCUGCUGCUCAUGCUCAGAAACAAGCUGCUGGCGUUCCGCCUCCAUCUCAUCAAUCG